AAGAGAUCGAACCCAUCUUCUUCAUAAAAAUCCCAUUCUUACAUUUGUAUAACGUGAUCAGAGAUAUCGAGUCAAUUGCCAUGGCAGAAGUGGAGAACAAGCAAGUAAUAUUCAAAGGGUACGUAGAGAGAACCCCAGAAGAGAGAGACAUGGAAAUCAAGGUGAGCAAGAUAAAGCUGGAGGCUCCAAAAGGGUCAGGAGCUUUUCUGGUCAAGAAUCUCUACCUCUCUUGUGACCCUUACAUGAGAGGCCGUAUGCGUGAUGUCCAUGACUCUUAUAUCCCUUCCUUUGUGCCUGGUCAGCCCUUUGAAGGAUUUGGCGUAUCCAAAGUUAUAGAUUCUGAUCAUCCAAAUUUCAAGACUGGGGAUUUAGUUUCAGGGAUUACUGGCUGGGAAGAAUACACCUUGAUUCACAGAACUGAACAGUUGAGGAAAAUUCAGCAAGAUGAUGAUAUUCCUCUCUCAUACCAUGUUGGUCUUCUUGGUAUGCCAGGUUUUACUUCUUAUGCAGGAUUCUUUGAGGUCUGCACCCCAAAGAAAGGGGAGUAUGUCUUUGUUUCUGCAGCUUCUGGAGCCGUUGGCCAGCUUGUUGGCCAGCUUGCUAAGUUGCAUGGUUGCUAUGUAGUUGGAAGUGCUGGCACAAGCCAAAAAGUAGGUGUCUUUUAUUUUAUCUUUGGAAGAAUUGUUUGA